UCGGCUGCGCUCGCCUCCUCCUUUCCGCUUCCGGUGUACCCUACAGCCAUGGCUGCUGCCGUCGCUGCUGCCGGUGCAGGAGAACCUCAGUCCCCGGACGAAUUGCUCCCGAAAGGCGACGCAGAGAAGACUGAGGAGGAGCUGGAGGAGGACGACGACGACGAGCUAGAUGAGACCCUGUCGGAGAGACUAUGGGGCCUGACAGAGAUGUUUCCGGAGAGGGUACGGUCCGCGGCGGGAGCCACUUUUGAUCUCUCCCUCUUUGUGGCUCAAAAAAUGUACAGGUUUUCCAGGGCAGCCUUGUGGAUUGGGACCACUUCCUUUAUGAUCCUCGUUCUUCCCGUUGUCUUUGAAACUGAGAAGUUGCAAAUGGAGCAACAGCAGCAACUGCAGCAGCGGCAGAUACUUCUAGGGCCUAACACAGGGCUCUCAGGAGGAAUGCCAGGGGCUCUACCUUCACUUCCUGGAAAGAUCUAAAUUGUUACUGCUCUUUGAGCUGUCUUGGUGGGAGAAAUUUGAAAUUCAGUAGUGUUUGAACUGCUGAUUAUUUGAAUUUUUUUUUUUAACUUUGGCACAUUGAUCUAUCUAAACCUGGGGGAGAGAAUUCUCCCCACAUUGUCUCAUGGAAAGACUCAACUUGCAACUGUGCCCUCCAUGCUUUCCUGACUUGCUUCUGUCUUCACUCUGAUAUCAGAGUGCAGCCACGCAGAUGGUUAUUCCAGCUCUGGCCACCCCACUCCUUUCACCAAAUUGCUCCUAACUGGAAGAUCUCACUUUCCCCUUGUGGGGUAGGAACCGAUGCCAGUGGGAGGGAUGUGCCCCUGACUAUUAAUGACUGCUUUUUUUUUUUUUUUUUUUAAGAAUAGAGCUAUUGGGGAGGGACAUGCACACAAUGCGAAACAGACAAAAUGCAUUACACCUGUAGUGUAAAGUGGCCACUAUGAAUUCCUAUGUAUAAGAGGAGGGAGGCUGCAGCUUCAGCCACAGAAUGGGGACUAUGGAAGACAGGGCAGGGGCUAAUUUUCUCUGCGUAUUUUGGCUGUUAGACCUGGGUGUGUGGGUUUAAAACACCAGAAGUUAGUGCUCACUUUUUGUAUUUAAAUAUUAAAAAUGAUUCCAACUGAAA